UUUUUGAUGGCACAGCUGUGAGUGAAACCGGCACAACAUGUUCAGUGUUGAAGACCUCCUGAUUUCUCAUGGAUACAAAUUGUCAAAAAGUCCCCCUGUUUCAUAUGAGAGCAGGUAUGAUGGAUAUCGGCGUGAGAUCACAGGGAACAGAUCUGCUCAGAGAACAGCACUGAAUGGGAUUGAAGCAGAAUCCAGAGCUGGGGCCUACAGCAAGAAACCUCUGCUGAAAACCAGCUCAAGCAGCACUGAAAGCAGCCACGGGAGCCAAGGGAGGCAAGCGGGUCCUGGUUACCACCAUGACCUUCAGGGUUUGUCCACUUUUCAUACUUCAGAUGGGGGGGUUUAUGACAGGCCUCAUUUAGCAUGGUCUUCCCAGCCCAAGACUGAUAAAGAUCUCACCUACUGGAGAAGACGAGGACAGGACUUCAGUGUGCUACUGGGCUAUUCCCAGAAGGUCAAUGUGGAGAUGAAAGGCCUGGCUGCAGCCCCAGGGGCACCCCGGCGCCCCAAGGAGAAUCAGCUGAAGGUGGGGACAAGUGCAGGGUAUGUCAGAAGAGGCGGCUUGCAGGAAAGCUGUGAAGUGCCCAGUGACUGCAAAUGGCGAAGUCUGGAAGUAGAAAGCUGGAACCAGCCAAAAAAGGUUGGGAGGCAAAUGUCUGAGGGUGACAGGGAGAAGCUGCUUCAAGAGCUGUAUUCAUUUACCUUGGGAGACAAUGUACUCAGCACCCAGAGCAGGGGGAAAUCGCAGUCGUUGCCAAGGGUCCUUUCACCUGAGAGCAUGAGGUGCGUGGAAAUGCCCUCCCUGACCAACAGCAACAACUCACUUAGUGUCACUAAAACCCCCUCCUAUCCCCCAAACAGACUGAGUGUGGAACCAGCCAAGCACCAUGGAACAGGAGGCCAUGUCCUUCCCCUGGUGAAGCCCAAGUAUGGGAGACCUCUCAAGCCUCCGUCCUAUGAACUGCAGCGGCAGACUAGGGCACCUGCAGAAACUGUGGGUUUCCAGGACCACUACCAGGAAGAGGAGCCUAUCUCCUACUUAGCCAAAGUCAGCGAGCCGAGGCAGGAUGCUGGCAUUCCAGACUCUGGUUUGGAGCCCCCAGUGUACGUACCUCCUCCUUCUUACAAAUCCCCACCUCACCAACACGUGACCCCACAUUCCCCCAGUGAAGUGCCUAACACCAACACGUGCGCCAGCAGUGAUCCGCAGGGUCCUGCAGAGCGGGUUGUCCCCUGCCAACGACCAGCCAUGAAUACUUUUGAAGUGGGGGCUGACCCUUGCAAAGAAAACCAUUUUCCUCAUGGGAAACAAAGCCAUGCAAGGCGCCCUGCUGACCACCUGCGUUCCGUUCAGUAUAUUCCCUUUGAUGAUCCUCGAAUACGACAUAUUAAAAUUGCACCACUGGAAGGUCUGCAGGGCAACUCUAACCACACUGAAAAUGCACGUAGUCCCAGUUCUGGUGCUUUGCAAGAGAGAAAUCUUGAAGUACAGUACAACAGUGCCUUCGUGGAUGCAUCAAACUUGUCCAGUUCUGUAAAGGGAGAAAGAACUUCCGACAGCUCCACCCAUAGCAACAGAUGGUUGGCACCAUCCGUCCGAGAUCAGGAAAAUUGUGCCUUGACGGACCAAAGAGACAAUUACAGUGCAACUAAUAACAGCCCCCAUCACAAAUCCAGCACAGAGUACACGAAAGGCAAACUUUCUGUAAGAAAUUCACAUAUGGACAGCACCUGUGAGACUGUUACAAAAGUGAAAAAGUUUGAACCUGGAACUGGGAUGCAGAGCAAAAAGAGUUCAAAGAAAAAAAUGAAUGAAACUAUAUUUUGCUUGGUCUCCAUCCCAAUUAAAUCAGAAUCCAAUCUGCCAGAUACAGAUAGGAACAACAACAUAACUCAGAGCCCUGAUAAGAAUAGGUUUGAUAAGAAUGGGGCUUUGCAAGAACAAAGUCUCUUAAGUAUGUCUUCAACAGACUUGGAGUUACAAGCGCUUACAGGAAGCAUGACCAAUAAAAAUGAGUUACAAAAACAAGAGCUGUGGAGACCAGAAGAGUUCAAACAAAUGAAUGACCUCAGAUUUAUUCAGCCUACAAAACACAGAGAGCUCAAAUAUUCUGGCUCCUGGCCAGGUGAUCAGUACAAAGACCAGCAGACACAGACCAGUUUCUCUGAAGAGCCUGAGAGCCCACAAUUUUUCCAUGGUACAAAGCCUGGGAAGCCUGAUAGUAGCAAACCGCUAUCUCCAAAACUCCCGGGAUGUACAGCAUCUGUGAUGGGGGCAAAACAGACUGACGAGAGAGGCUGCAGGCAGAGCGGUUACAGUAUGAAGGGCCAGACACACCUCAGCCAGUCUAGCAACAGUGCAUUUUCCAGGACUACCACCUCAGUCCUUCAGUCUCCCUCCCCAAAAGCCCACCUGAGCCAGUCUGUGCCUGUCCAAGAGAGGGAAAAUGGCCUUCUUUCCAAAGGAGAUGUAGUUAAGGGAGAACCAGGUGCUCCCUGCAACAGUAAAGAACCGUUUGGGCAGUUCCUUUUGAAACCUGUAAGUCGCCGUCCCUGGGAUGCAAUAAGUGAGCUAGAAAGUUUUAACAAGGAGCUCCAAGGGCAGGAGGAGAGCACAAGCAGUGAAGAAGAUUUGGAAAGUGCUGCAGCUCCUCUGCAGGCAGGUGCCUUUAUGCAGAGGAGGGAGUCCAGAAAUGAGAAAUCAAGCCAGGAGCCAAAACAUGGUGGGAAAUCAGAAAUGGUUGUGCCAGAGGUGCCUGUAUUUAGGUCAGGAAGGGUUAAAAGUAAGUCUGAAAGUUGGAGCAUGGGGACAGAACAUGGUGGCGAGCCAAGAUGCAUUGGCUCUCAAGGCUUCUCAAAGCCAGGAGAGAGCAGUGAAGGAGUCACGCCAGCAGAUGGAAGUCUGAUAACAGAAAUGGGGAUGGGGGAAGCCAAGAGCAGAACAAACAAGCAGCCAGUUAAUGUGGGCCCUGUCAAAAGAGUUUUGUCCAGUAGCCCAAGUAGUUCAUGUCACAGUAAUCCUUUUAAUAAUCCCGUCUUGCAGGAGAUGAGUGAAGACCAAAAUUACCUAGACUUUGUUAAACUGAGCAAAUGUGCAACUCCCACAAAUGAUAGGGUAUUAGAGAGAGGGUCAGAAGUAUGCUUGUCACUAACAAAGAGGAACCAAAGGUGCUCUGAGCCAGAUUUGAGGUCAGUGGGACUUGAUGUGGCCCCAGAACUUGGUGCUAACAACUCUGAUCACUCUUCGGAUGCAAAUGCAGUGGAAAUCCCUGUGAAUGAGUCAUUGCAGGCAAGAGCUGCAAGAAUUUUAGGUAUAGAUAUAGCAGUGGAGUCUCUCCUUCCAGAUGACCAUGUUGGGCCCCACCCAGGCACUAGCCCUUCAAAUGGUGCUCAGGACCUUGAGUCAUCAAUGAUAGGGAGCACAGUAAGUAACAAAGAAGGAAAAAAAGAAGAUUCUUAUGAAGGCAGACGUAAGUGUGGCUGGACAGAGAGUGCUCUCUUUGUCAGAGCAGGAGGACGAUCUUUAUACCCUGAUGAAAGCCAGACCACUCACCAGGAAGCCAGCACUAAACCACUGGUAACUGAGCAAGUUCUUGAACAAUCUGUGAGUCCCAGCCAAGGUGAGGACAAAACCUUGGUUUGCAAGUCAGCUGCUUAUCAGCAUUCAGAUAAGAGAGUGAGGAGCACCUCAAAAGUGAUAGAGACACUCCAAGGCAAGCUCACGUCUCCACCCAGCCGGACUGCCAUGGAUCGCUUGGUGCGAAUGAAAGAAGUUGACUCUGUGUCACGGAUGAGACGUCUGAGCAUUAAGAGCGCAGACUCGGGAGAGGAGGUGGAUGAGGAGAAGCUGUCGAAGGUACCAGAGGAGAGAGGAAGCAAACUGGCAAGCUCAGGGGCUGUUUCCAAGCGUGUUAUCUCUCUCAGUGAAAAUGGAUGCUUAGGUGGAAUGGACAAGAAGAAGAUUGACAGAGAUUUUUCUUUAGAUAUGUAUGACCCCACCAAAGUUGAAAAGGUGUGAGAUUAAUGAAGAGGAGAAUAGAGAAAUUUCUGCUCUACGAAGAAUGUUUCACUGAUUUUUUUUUCUGGGUGCUUUUUGUUUGGUUUUUGUUCUUUAAUAUUUGGAAAUUGUCUCCAUUUGUGAUGUUCAUGGUGUACUGAUAAUGCUUUUACCACUGCCACUAGGAAUAGUUAUUCAUGUGUGAAGCUGUUGUGGAGACCACAGAAAAAUCUGACUUCUGCGUUGGAACUGUCUGGCUUUCUGGUGUUUAAGACAAUACCUACCAUUCACAAAGAGUUUUCUUCUGAACUUUGUUUCAGUCUUUAGAAAGGAUGAUGAAGUGCAUCAAGUGAGGUGUUACAUUGGUGUAAAUGUAAACGUGGGAAAUUAGUGAAAUUAUUUUUAAAAGAAAGUGAAUCUAUAAGCUAAACUAAGUAUCUACGUUCUAAACUUUGUUUAACUUAAGGGAUUUUUUGCCAUAAGUCGAAAGUGCUGCUGCACUGUGUGGGGAAAGGAAUAUGAAAGAAUGGUAGCAAAGUCUGAUUGUGAAAUAAUCUCUGACUUCCAGAGUCUGAAUUUACUACAAUUAAAUACUUACUUGCCACCUAGAAAGAAGAAAAGCAAAACCCAAAAACUUCUAAAAGAUGGAAGAUUUUUGUAGUACAGUGUACAGAACAUGUAAUUAUAGUAGCUGGAAACUAUGUCUCAAACCAAUGCAAAGUAUACCACUGGCUGUUUUGCACUCAGUAUUACCUAUUUUUAUUUUGCUGUUUAGAAAUUCUUUAUAUGAAAGAAUAGUAGCUGGUUUAAAAUAGCCCGUUUUAACAAAAUAACUAUAUUUCUUGUUACAGAAUACUAUCUAUUUUUCUACGAUGUAAACAAUUGCUAACAAGUGGCAAGUAUAAAGAAUUAUUAUUAUUAUUAUAUUUUAAGAAGACUUAUUCCUCUGAGUGAAGGUGCCCCAAGCAGAUUUCACUUGUAUAUCUUAAUGCACAUACCGUAUUGCCACUUACUCAGUAGUGCUACCUUAUUUUGCUCUGAAACAAAAGCCAUCUAUCUAUCUAUCUAUCUAUCUAUCUAUCUAUCUAUCUAUCCAUCCAUCCAUCCAUCCAUCCAUCCAUCCAUCCAUCCAUCCAUCUACAGGGUUAAUUUCUAAUUUUUCCCAUUCAACCCUUGGAUCAUUCUUCUUAGAGACACUUUCUGAAGCACAUUGAGAACUCUCCAGGCUGGUACUGCUGCCAUUCCAUUUCAGGGAUGCUGAUUACCAAAAAAUGGGUUUGGAUCUUUGUCCCAAUGUUGAUGAGCAGCUCAGAUAAAAUACUUGCUUGCUUUCCUAUACUUUGUUCCCUUUUACAGAUUAUGAGUUUGGAUUAGGCCAGUGCACAAAAAUAAGCAAAACUGGGCUCUUCCCUGAAGUCACCAAGUGUUGCUGGGGAGAAGUUCAGGUGUCUUUUUGAUGGCAUUGAAAUACAUGGCUUUAAGUAUAUUUUAUCUGCACACACAAAUGCAUGAAUUACAGAAUUUAUAAUAAAGCCUAUUCAUUCUGCCCUUUGAUCCUGAAUUAGCCUGCUUAGUAUCUGUGGCUUAAAAGCCUUUACAUCCAUUCCCAUAUGUUUUUUGUAAGUCCCUGUAUACUAACGUUCUUCUGAUGACUUGUUCAUGUACUUCACCAGUCUAUGCUAUUGGCCUUUUCUGGGUUCUAGCAUAAUUUUAUUUUUUAAAAUCUUGUAAUUUCUUGGGAUAUUUUUUCUUAAGUCUGUAUUUUG